UCUCCCUCUCAUUUCCCUCCUUUCCACAUAUAUACAGGCCACAUUUAUUUUUCCCUUCUCUAUCUCCAAAUCUCUCCUCUAUUUUGUUAGCGCUGCAAAUAAUUUUCCUUCGUCACAGCCGGCGUUCAAAGAUCGCAAAAACCGGUGUCGUUUCAAAUGGCAACGAGAAUCGAUUUGGACGGGAGGCCAAUAAAGCCGAUAACGAUAUGCAUGAUUGGAGCCGGAGGCUUCAUUGGCUCUCACCUUUGCGAGAAACUGAUGGCGGAGACGCCGCACAAGGUGCUCGCCUUGGAUGUUUACAAUGACAAGAUCAAGCACCUCCUUGAGCCUGACUCUCUUCCUUGGGCUAAUCGAAUCCAGUUCCACCGACUUAACAUCAAGCACGAUUCUAGGCUCGAAGGUCUUAUCAAGAUGGCAGAUCUCACGAUAAAUCUUGCGGCGAUCUGUACUCCAGCAGACUAUAAUACGCGUCCACUCGACACGAUUUACAGCAAUUUUAUUGAUGCACUUCCUGUGGUGAAGUACUGUUCAGAGAACAACAAGCGUCUCAUUCACUUCUCUACUUGUGAAGUGUAUGGCAAAACCAUUGGAAGCUUUCUUCCUAAAGAUUCUCCUCUCCGUCAGGAUCCUGCCUAUUAUGUUCUUAAGGAAGAUGCCUCGCCCUGCAUUUUUGGUUCAAUUGAGAAGCAGAGGUGGUCAUAUGCAUGUGCUAAGCAAUUGAUUGAGAGGCUUAUUUAUGCUGAGGGAGCUGAGAAUGGCCUUGAUUUCACCAUUGUGAGACCUUUUAACUGGAUUGGACCUAGGAUGGAUUUUAUCCCUGGCAUUGAUGGUCCAAGCGAGGGUGUUCCAAGAGUUCUGGCAUGCUUUAGUAAUAAUCUCUUACGCCGUGAGCCACUAAAGCUUGUGGAUGGUGGUCAAUCUCAGAGAACUUUUGUUUACAUAAAGGAUGCUAUUGAAGCCGUUCUCUCAAUGAUUGAAAAUCCAGACAGAGCCAAUGGUCAGAUUUUCAAUGUGGGCAAUCCAAAUAAUGAAGUCACAGUUAGGCAACUUGCCGAAAUGAUGACUGAGGUCUACAGCAAGGUUAGUGGAGAACCUGCUUUGGAGUCACCAACAAUUGACGUCAGCUCCAAGGAAUUUUAUGGCGAGGGAUAUGAUGAUAGUGACAAGAGAAUUCCGGACAUGACCAUAAUAAAUAGACAACUUGGUUGGAACCCCAAGACAUCGCUUUGGGACUUGCUUGAAUCGACCCUUACCUACCAACACAGGACUUAUGCAGAGGCUGUUAAGAAAUCUAUGGUAAAACCUAUUGCAUCCUAAGGAGACAAGAUGUUUAGACCACGCCUAAGAAAGGACUCACAUAAAAAUGUGCUUGUUCCCAAAUGUUUCAAGUCUUUAUAUUUAGGAAGUCUUAAAUAUAUCUUAAUUGUUGAUUUUCCUUAUAUGCUAGAUCUUUUUGUCUUCCCUGUGUCGAUAGUCAAUAGCUCUAACUCUGUAGCUCAGGCAGCUAUGUUCUCAGUAUGGUAUUUAUGUGGAGACCCUAGAUUCUACUAGGGAACGGUAUUGUGUUAGUGUUAUCAUAUAAAUUAUUCCAAUAGAGCUUUGAGCUACAGCAUGUUGGGUGGGUAUUGUCGGAGGAAAGGAAAGCUGUUAUCGUUUCUUAGGGGGUUUGCCUGCCAUUCCUCAAUUUUGUCUCUCCUGGGUUUUGUUGUACCUAUUAACUUGUUUGACUCUCUCAGGCACAUUUUCGUAAAUUAUUAUUUUAUUAUUUUCAUGCAAGUAA